CUAUGUGUGUGUGUGUGUGUGUGUGAGUGUGUGCAAUGUGAUGGAGGGAAUUCUGUUACUCUGCCCGAGUCUCUGCUUUUCAUCUCUACGCUGGAUGGAAGUCUGCAUGCAGUCAGCAAACAGUCUGGAGACAUCAAGUGGACCCUCAAAGAAGAUCCUGUCAUCCAGGUUCCAGGGUACCUUGCAGAACCAGGUUUUCUUCCAGAUCCUAAUGAUGGCAGCCUGUACGUUUUAGGCGGUAAACAUAAAGAAGGAUUGAUGAAACUUCCAUUCACUAUUCCAGAACUUGUUCAGUCAUCUCCUUGCAGAAGUUCAGAUGGAAUCCUCUACACAGGGAAGAAACAGGACACGUGGUUUGUAGUGGAUCCUCAGACAGGUGAAAAACAGACCAGUUUAAGUACAGGCUCUUCUGACUCCAUCUGUCCGUCUGCUCCUCUCCUGUACAUCGGACGGACGGAGUACAGGAUUACCAUGUAUGACACUAAGACCCAGGAGCUUCGAUGGAAUGCCACUUACAACGACUAUUCUGCCCCCCUUUAUGAUGACCAGAAAUACGAAUACAAGAUGUCUCACUUUGCGUCCAGUGGAGAUGGUUUGGUAGUGACAGUGGACAGAGACUCUGGUGGUGUUCUGUGGAUGCAGAAGUUUGAUUCUCCCGUCGCCGGGUUUUACCUGUGGAGCCAGGACAGCCUCCGGCGAGCGCCACACCUGACGGUUGCCAUGGAAACGCUGCGAUACCUCACCUUCACCGCACAGAGCACACAAUCACACACCAUGAAGUGGGCAUACGAUUUUACCCAAGAGCAGCACAGCACCAAGACCCAACUAGUUCCCACCCUGUAUGUUGGAAAGUUGGACUCUCACCUCUACGCUUCUACCUCCCUCGUUCAUCAGGGCGUCGCCAUAGUGCCGCGAGGCCUCACCCUGGCUCGACUGGAGGGCCCCACCACGGAGGAGGUGACAGUGAGCGGUGAACGGGCAGAGUGUGAGAUCAUGCCCAGCACUGAUGUCAAGUAUCCCCCUGGAAGCACCUACUCAGUACAGAACCAGUGGCUACUGAUCGGCCACCAUGAGGUCCCUCCUUUUGCUCACACCACCAUGCUGAGAGAAUUCCCAGAGAACCUCCAGCGCUCUGGGGACGUCAUUCCUCCUCGAAGCACCGCAUCAUCAUACCGAUCUCCACCCCAUCCUGUUCCCCCAGUAACACAUCAUGGAGCUCCUGUGUUACCCGAUUCUUUGACCUCUGACCCUGUGACCCUGGUGGUAUUGACACUCCUUCUUGGUGCUUGGCUUGCCUUUCUUCUCACCUACACAAGGCGCGUCAGAAAGCCUCAUCAGUCAGGGGAACCAGUGGAUUCCAGACCACUGACCAAUCACAACUCGGUUCUCACGACGGACACACCCCCUUCCUCUUCUCACAACAACAGCCUGUCAGACAGAAGUAGUUCCAUCACAUCCAGUCAAACACAGCCACUCGCAAGCAAUGAUUCCCUCCCUAAAUUAAAACCCAGCCAACACAAUGGACAGCCAGAGGAGGUAGAGGUUGGCAAAAUUUCCUUCUGUCCUGCAGAAGUGUUGGGACACGGGACAGAGGGUACCUUUGUGUUUCGGGGUCGUUUUGAUGGACGCCGCGUAGCAGUCAAGCGGAUUCUUCCUGAGUGUGUGGAGUUUGCCGAGAGGGAGGUGCAGCUUCUCCGAGAAUCUGACGAACAUCCCAACGUCAUUCGAUAUUUUUGCACAGAACGAGACCGCCAGUUCACCUACAUUGCCAUUGAGCUUUGUGCUGCUACACUCCAACAGUAUGUUGAGGAUCCAAACUGCCCAUACUCCUCCCUUGAUGUGGUCUCUCUUCUGGAACAAACCAUGUGUGGCCUUAGCCACCUCCACUCCCUCAACAUCGUGCAUAGGGAUUUAAAGCCCCGGAAUAUUCUGCUCUCUCUGCCGGGAGCACUGGGUCGAGUUCGAGCCCUGAUCUCAGAUUUCGGCUUGUGUAAGAAACUUCCAGAUGGUCGUCACAGUUUCAGCCUACGCUCUGGAAUUCCGGGAACGGAGGGCUGGAUUGCACCGGAGCUGCUCAUUAAUGCUGGGAAAGGAAACCCAACGAGUGCGGUGGAUGUGUUUUCUGCGGGGUGUGUGUUUUAUUACGUAGUGUCCAGAGGGCAGCACCCGUUUGGGGACACAUUACGCCGCCAAGCCAACAUCCUCUCUGGAGCCUACAGUCUGGAUCACUUUAUGGAAGACCUGCAUGAGGACGUGAUUGGCCGAGACCUGAUUGAGAGGAUGAUUAGUGCAGACCCAGAGUCACGGCCCUCCACAGCCUCCAUUUUAAAACAUCCUUUCUUCUGGAGCCGUGAGAAACAGCUCCAGUUUUUUCAGGAUGUCAGUGACCGUAUUGAGAAAGAGCCUGCAGACAGUCCUAUAGUAAUCCGUCUGGAGACUUCAGGCAGAUGUGUAGUCAGAACUAACUGGAGGAUGCAUAUUUCAGCGCCCCUACAGGCUGACCUGAGAAAGUUUCGCACUUAUAAAGGGAACUCAGUGAGAGACCUGCUUAGAGCUAUGAGGAAUAAAAAGCAUCAUUACCAUGAGCUUCCUCCUGAAGUGCAGACAACCCUUGGUGAGGUCCCUGAAGGCUUUGUGUCCUACUUCACCUCCCGUUUUCCACGAUUACUGUUACACACACACUCUGCACUCAGCAUCUGUGCUCCAGAGAGACUAUUUCACCCAUACUAUCACCACUAAACACACACAUAAACACACCCACAUCUCUUGACUACCUCCACACACGCCCACACACACUUACACAUUACUACUUUUGUGUCCAACACACUGAAAGGGUUGCCCUGCAGAUAACUCUGCUAUUGGUUUUGUUUUCUCCGUUAUGAAGAG